CAUGCACCCUUUGAAAGUCCGCCACGAAGAUUGCGCCACUUGGGGACGUUGGAUCUUCGGGGUUCCGCAGUUUUGUGUUGCGAGGUCUGGAGCCCCUCCUUCCGCAUUUCCUCCCCCCUCCUCCUCGCCCCCGGUCUCUCCUCAUAAGCGAUGUCCCAGCGCAUUCUCUGCACAUGCAGCACACAAGGAGCAGGAUGGAAAAGUCAGCCCUGGUCUUCAUCGUCCUCCUGGCGGGAACGUUUGGGGCAAUCGCCGACAACGCCACAGAGACCGCCACCACCUCCGAGACCACCACCGGCGGAGGGAUGGCCGGGAGCACGCCGACGUCGACUCCGGGGUUGAAGUCUACGGCGAGCUUGGCGCCAACGCCGCCGCGUCCCAGCAGCGUCAGCAAGAAGGAGGAAGACAAGCCUAAGGACAAAGUUGAAAUGGGCUGUCCUCCCCUGGGUCUGGAGUCCCUCAGGGUAGACGACACCCAAAUCCAGGCGUCCUCCUUCCAAAGGUUCGGUCUGGGUCCUCACAGGGGCAGGCUCAACAUCCAGUCAGGCAUCGAGGGCGGCGCCCUGUGCGUCGGCGCUUGUUGCGCCGACUACAAGGACCGGCACCAGUGGCUGGAGGUGGACGCCUUGCCCCUCACCCGCUUCACCGGAGUCAUCCUGCAGGGCCGCAACACCAUCUGGAGACGAGACUGGGUCACCAGCUACAAAGUGCAGCUGAGCAACGACUCCAUCAGCUGGAAGAGCAGCAUGAACGCAACGCAAGAAGCGAUCUUCGAAGGCAACGGCGACGGCGAGAGUCCGGUGCUGGCCUUGCUCCCCGUGCCCGUGGUUGCGCGUUACAUCCGCAUCAACCCGCAGAGUUGGUACCCCGAUGGAGACAUCUGCCUACGAGCCGAGAUACUCGGAUGUCGCCUUGACGAGCCGCAGGAGAGCAUUUCCUCAGCACAGGAGGGCAGGUCAAAGGAUAAUCUGGAUUUCCGACACCACAACUACCAGGAGAUGAGAAAGCUGAUGAAGUCGGUGGCGGAGGAGUGUCCCGACAUCACGCGCAUCUACACCAUCGGGAAAAGCUACAUGGGCCUCAAGCUCUACGUGAUGGAGAUGUCGGAUCAUCCCGGGAAGCACGAACUGGGCGAGCCGGAGUUCCGCUACGUGGCCAACAUGCACGGAAACGAGGUCCUGGGUCGCGAGCUGGUUCUCAACCUGAUGCAGUAUCUGUGCCGCGAGUACAAGAGGGGCAACCGGCGCGUGGUCCGGCUCAUUACCGAGACUCGCAUUCACCUCCUUCCCUCCAUGAACCCGGACGGCUACGAAAUAGCUUACAACAAGGGCUCCGAGCUGGCCGGAUGGGGCGAGGGACGGUACACCUAUGAAGGGAUCGACCUGAAUCACAACUUCCCGGAUCUAAACACCAUCCUGUGGGAUGCUCAGGAGAUAGCCGAGGACCCGUCUAAAGUACCCAACCACUACAUUCCGAUUCCGGAAUACUACACCAAAGAGGACGCCAUGGUGGCCGCGGAGACGCGCGCCGUGAUCAGCUGGAUGGAAGACAUCCCGUUCGUGCUGGGCGCCAACCUGCACGGGGGCGAGCUGGUGGUGACGUACCCGUACGACGGCACGGAGGGCUGGGCUCCGCAGGCCAACACGCCCACCCCGGACAAUUCCUUCUUCCGCUGGCUGGCCACCGUCUACGCCUCCACCAACCUGGCCAUGGCGAACCCCGAGCGCCGCCUGUGCCACACUGACGACUUCCAGGUGUACAACAACAUCAUCAACGGCGGAGCCUGGCACCACGUGCCCGGAAGCAUGAAUGACUUCAGCUACCUGCACACCAAUUGCUUCGAGGUGACGGUGGAGCUUUCCUGCGACAAGUUUCCUCACGCCAGCGAGCUUCCCAUCGAGUGGGAGAACAACAAAGAGUCUCUCCUCCUCUUCAUGGAGCAGGUUCAUCGAGGCCUGAAAGGGGUGGUGCGGGACAAGGAGAGCAAGAAAGGAAUCGAGGACGCCGUGAUCAAGGUGGAGGACCACGGGCACGACAUCCGAACAGCCGCCGACGGAGACUACUGGCGCCUGCUGAACCCGGGCGACUACAAAGUGGUGGCGUGGGCCGAGGGCUAUCUUCCGGCUGUGCGGCACUGCCACGUGGGCAUGGAGCCCCGCGCCACCGUCUGCGACUUCACUCUGAUGCAGACGCCCGUGCAACGCCUGAAGGAGAUCCGCGCCAAGGGCGGCAAGAUCCCGCAGGACCUGCAGCUGCGCCUGCGGGCCCUUCGUCUGCGCAAGCUUCGCGCCAGCACCAAGGCCAUCAACCAACGGCGAGAGGGCCGCAGGAUGCAACGAGAGCAGGCCCGCAAGGCGCGAUCCACCUCCUUGCGGUUAUGAGGAUUUCGGUAUUGAAAAACGAGCAGCGACACGCACGGUGGCGUCGCCUCACUGUCGGACACGUCAUUAGGUACACCUGCCAAUCCAAAAGGACGCUUGGAGUGGAUUUCACUUGAUGGUGCUGUCCAGUAGUAAAAUCACUUUUGGAAAAGGAGCAUCGGGGCCACAUCAGUAUUUGCGCUUCCCGUUUGUAUUUCAUACCUGUAAGUGAGACUAGAGCCAAAAUAUUUUUUUGUGCAAUAUUACGUUUUAUGUACCGGGACGAGUCGAAACAAAAUAUUGUGAGUCAUGUCACGGUGGAGAAAUAGUGAAAUGAAACUGAUUUAUUCAUCCAUUUUUCCAUUCGAGGGAGCCACAAAGUCGAGCAAUAUCGCCCCCUACUGUCGACUGCUCUCACGUUGGCGGUGCAAAGUCACGUGAUCAAACAGAGGAAAAGGAAAGACCCCGGCCCCCCAAAAAACACCCAACAAAAAAAAAAUAGGAGAUCAGCGAGUCCACAGGCACCAAAUUGUGAGGACGCAGGGCUCGACUGUACCACAUUUCUUGAAAAUAUAUCACUUCUUUUCCCAAAAAAUAGCAAACAUCAGAAUUGUUAUUCUGCAAUGAAUUACUAUUAGUU